GCGGCUUAGCGUGCGGCCAAUCAGAGACUUAGACUGAAUGACGCGGCGUAGCGUGUAGCCAAUCAAAGCCUUAGCCAGUUUCCGGUUGCGUUUCUUUUCGUCAACUCAAUCCACUGGUUCAGAUAAUAAGCCAAAAGAGUGCAUGGUGUCUCGGGCAUAAUGAGGUCACUUCAGGAGUGACGUUGUUCUAGGUCAGUUGGAAAGAGGCUUUGUGAGGAAAUGCAAAUGUCCAAGUUCCAAAUGCAGAAGUUGGGCUGAAAGCAGGAAAGGCUUCUCUCCAGUUCUGCCCUCUCCCGAUAAACAAUCCGUUUUCCUCCGUGUUCGCGAUGCAGCUUUAUGGAGCUCUGGCGCUGUUGAUGAUGACUCUGUCUGCAGCAUGUGGAUUAAGAUGCUAUACAUGCACAGCCACCGACCCUAGAUCCUGCACGGACACCAAAUCUUGUUCUGUCAUCUUCAACCGUUGUUUCUCUCUCAGAGUUGACGGUUAUAACGUGGUUACCAAGGGCUGCCAAACCAGCUUGGUGUGCGCAGGUGCCAUGGACUGCUGUGAAGGGAACUUGUGUAACAGCGCCACACCAACUGGUCCCAGUGUCAUCCUCCUGCUGGUGUCUUCGGCCAUGAUCACGCUCUCUCUCUGACGCUCUGGGAUUUAGUUUUUUUUCUUUGUGUCAAUGCAGCACUUUUCUUGUUCUCUUUCCGAUUUGUAAACUACAAAAACUGUUUCUAAUAAGUGAGUGAGACGGCCUUUCAUUUAAAUGUCUAACUUGUGGGACUUUUGUUUGCCAUUCUGGUAUAGAAUAGAUACCCGCACACGUAAAUCUAUGCAGACAACACUUUGUUUUUAGCUUUCGGUCUAAAUGACCUUCAUCAGAGCAGACAUGGUUCAGCUGGAAUGACUGCAGGUAAAAACAAACAAAGCAGUACACAAAGCAGUACACCUGUGCACACCCUGGUUUUAGAGCCUCGGCCUCCUGUUCAAUGUUAAAGUGCUGAAUGUAGUACUGAGAUGCCACCCCUUACACAAAAAGGGGGUGCACAAUUUAUACAGACAAAAAACAUAUACAAUCACGGAGCACCCUAAAGCAAUAUCUUAUAAUUUCAUAUUAAAUAGUGCUUUGAGUCGGAUUAGGCUGGAGCAACCAUUAAUUAAAGAUACCCAAAUCUAUAAGAGUAAAACAAUCUAAAAUCAAGUAUAGAACAAGGGGCUAUGAAGGGGUAUCAGGCAGGGGCCGUCAUAAAACAUAGAUCCCAAAUUCUACAUUAAAUAACUUGGAUUACAGCAAAACACCCAAAUCAGAAUUACAGUCUAACAGUAUAUCAAAAUCCUCCUUGAGGCUGAAGUGUUUCUUCCUCGCUUCCAUUACGGGGCAUAUAAAGUGUUCUCUGCAUAGAUUAAGUGUGCCGGAUUUCUGUUUCCAUCAAAAUGCCGCAUCGACCAAUUGGCCCAAUCGUGUGCAACCUUCUCAAACACCUAUUACGACUUUGCAGUGUUUAUGUACUAUAUUCUAUGAAGACUGCUCUGUUUGGAUUUUCAGCACAAAACCAUGGAAAAUAAUGCAUAUUUUACAAACACUAUUUCUAUUAAGUGAGUGAGACGGCGUUUCAUUUAAAUGUUUAACUUGUGAGACAUUUGGUCUUCAUGCAACUUUUUGUUUGUGUGUUUGUUUGUCGUCGAGUUGACAAUAAAAUUCUCUCACCUCUCCAGCUUUUCAAACCUU